CUUCCGUGUUUAUUAAUUUUAUACGAUAAGAGUUAUUUUCACUUCCCUGGCUUAUGCAGUGGACAUUAACCUAAACGAUAUGGCCAAGUUUAGUAUAUACCGUUUCUUCCAAAUAUCAUGCACUUUAUAUGCAUUGCUUGUUACAUGUUCUCUGUAUGGAGUUAGUUCCGACCGUGAAGACUCUGAUAAAUGGAAAUCCUGUAAUUUCAGUGAGGCAACAUGUAAAUGUUUGAAACUCGACGAAGGGUCCAUUAAGGCAGACUGUUCUCAUUUACACUUGAAUCAAGUUCCAAUAUUUCCACAUAACGUGGUCUGGAUUAACCUUCAAUUUAACUCGAUUGAAAAUAUUUCCGUCAGUUAUCCGAAAAACCUGUUGUAUUUGGAUCUUUCUCACAACAGCAUUUUUUCCUUUAAAGGUGAUCCUUUUGACACUAUCCCAAGGCUAAAGUAUUUGAAUCUAUCCAGUAAUAGACUAAGUCUAAAUGAGAAGAAUUUUUAUCCAGGACUUUUUCAGCCUUUAGAAUCCUUGUUAGUUUUGAACUUGAAAAACAAUUCUGUAAAGAUGCAACGAAACUGGAGUUAUAUUGGAGAAAUUCUCAGUGAAUUGAUUUCGUUAGAGGAACUACGAUUGGAUGCAGUGGGAAACUUUUUACUUACAGAAGGUUUUUACAGACUAAAGAAUCUUAGUCUAUUGGACAUCUCCGGUUCAAGAGGACAUUGUGAAACUGUAAAAAUCACACACGACUUUUUUCUCAACACACCAUAUCUUCAAUAUCUAGAUAUAUCAUCUUGUAAAAUCAAACAUAUUGAGAGAGGUGCAUUCGAAAUUUUAAGGAAUUUAAAAUCGUUGGACAUUUCUUACAACAAAGAAUUAGGUUUUGCUUCACUCCCAAAUAUAACAUAUAAUCUAAAGAGGACGUCAAUCAAAAUACUUUAUUUACAUAAUAUUAAUUGUUUGACGGGAUUGGGAAAAAGACUGUUAAUUCGCCAUGUCAUGAACCUGAGAAAAACCAAGUUAGAAGAGAUAAUCUUAUCCAGAAAUAGAUUGGAACUGUUCGAAAGAGGCCUUGUGCGACAUUUACCACCAACCCUUGAAAGGUUAUCCUUGGCCGAGAACAAACUAUUACAAGGUCCAUACAUAGCAGACUUUAUUGGCUUUCAUAAUUUGACUAUGUUUAAUAUGAGUCUACAGUUUCAACCACCAGAAUACAUGACUGCAGUCUUCGAACUUUGCAAAGAAAAUCAAGAUGACCUGGAGCCUUUUAACUUCUCAAUGCACAGUCAUUCUACAAAUUUCUCAACCUUUCUCCACAACUUUAGAAAAUUCUACAGGAUUGAAGUUUCUCACUGGAAACCAGUUAUAUUUGUACAUAUUCCUGAAAAUCUCCAAACAAUAUAUGUUAACGAUAGUAGGCUGUAUUCCAAGAUAUCUGCAUUUGGUGUAAUUGCACCGAAAUUGAGGCAUAUGUUCUUUCAAAAUAAUAUAUUGAAUGAAUGGAUAGGACCAAUGUACGGGAUACAAAACGUUACUCGUAUUGAUCUCUCGAAUAAUUUCUGUACGAAACUGUCAUCCGAUUUCUUUGUUAAUGCAACAGGACUUUUACAUCUCAAUAUUUCUAGAAACUCUGUUGGAGAUAAUCUUGAGAGAGACAUGAAUGGACUUGUAUUUAGAAAUUUGGUUUCGGUAGAAACAUUGGACUUAAGCUCCAAUAAGAUUUAUCAUUUGCCGUAUUUACUCUUGAAAAGAUCUCGGAAUAUCAGGACAUUGAUUCUUAACAAUAAUCAACUUUCUGAGUUGAGGAUCGGCGUGGGACAUAUGCAUCACUUAGAACAUCUUGAUUUAUCUGAAAAUAGAAUAGAUUCUAUCAGGGAUGAAAUCAGACAGGAACUGACUGAUUUGAUAAGGCUAAAAAACACGUCCAUAGAUCUAUCUGGGAAUAACGUUGACUGCUCGUGUGAAAAUGUUCCAUACAUCCAGUGGAUGGUUGAACAUAAAAAAAAUUUCAAAAGAUUUGAUGACUACGAAUGUGCCAUAAAAAGUCAGAAAAAUUUCAAUUUCAGCGAUCCUGUUGUAUCUCUUAAAUCAUUGGUAGUGGAAUGCCGAUCUUACACCACAUUCUACAUUGUUGCAUCCAUAGUCUUGACCAUUUUAGUUUUCGUGGUCAUCGCUGUGUUAGUGAAAAGAAAUAUUUGGACAAUAAGAUUUUCCAUCUAUCAAUGUAAACAAAAAGUAAAAACAGGAGGUCGAUAUAUGCAAAUAUUAUAUCAGAGAAACCGAUUGAACUACACAUAUGACAUAUUUAUUUCAUAUUCUGCCCGGGAUCGAGAACUUGUUAUGAAGAAACUUCUGUUGAAAUUACAAGAUUUAAACCUUGACGUCUGCAUUCGUGAGAGAGACUUUUUAGCAGGUCGUCAUAAAGCUGACAAUAUAAUGGACGCGAUAGAGAGCAGCAAAAUGACACUUUGUGUUGUUUCGGAAUCUUAUCUAAAGUCAGGCUGGAGGGAUUACGAACUAAACAUGGCAAAACUCGAGGGUAUAAAAAAGAGAGAAGGACUUCAUUACGUAUAUUUAAUAAUUCUUCCAGGAGCCUACGAUUUGAAGCGAAAAUGUCCGAAUUCCCUGAAGGAUUUGAUCAAUGAAAACCUUUUUUGUCAUUAUCCUUCUGAGGAAUCAAUGGAUGAACUGGAUAUAUUUUGGAAGGACUUUUCCAGUGUUGUUGCUCAUAAAAUAAAAACUUUUAGCAUUUAGAUUUGAGAUUUAUAUCCAAGGAAAGACAUGUGUUAACAAUUCAAACUAUAAUAUUAAUGAUAUGUAUCUGUGUCUUGGCACUAGAGCAGAAAUAUUCGCAAGUAUGAAAAGGCGAAAUGAUAUAAACACGGGUCGAAAAAUAAGUCUAUAUACAGUAUAGUCAUUUGAUAUAAAAAAAAAUUAAAUAAACAAAUUGAAUUUUUGUUAUAAAGUCUUUCUUUUUUUUUAAAGGGAACAUUUCGCUUAGGUUUUCAUCAAAAUUUAAUAUUGUAAGUUCUUGUGAACAGUCUAUGCAGCCAAAAGCAAUAUAGACAGAAGAUAUCUGACAAUUUAUUCAGACAUAGUAAGCAACUCAGUAAGUAACAAACUUUAUUACAUACCUAAUGUAUAUCACUCAAUUUUACUGUUGAUUUUACGUUAUCACGUGACUUCGUAAUAAGACUUUCCGGAUCACCACACUGUGGUUUUCUGAAUCCAUAUCACCGCUCUCUGAGACUGAGGACGUUUUACACAGAAACAUGACGUUAUUUUUCUUGCGCGUUAAAAAUUCCCUUGUUAUUAUGCUUUGUGUUUUGAAUAAAUGUUAAACAAUUGAUCUCUAAAGAUUUCUCUUGCUAUAUUUUGCUAGUUAUGAGGAGGUAUAUAAUAAAUUUAU